AUGACCGCAAUCGUAUGUUUUGUCUGGUUACGUGAGCCGUUCACCUGGAAAGAAGCGCUUUGCAGCUUCAUCGCUUUCUGCGGCGUUCUCUUCGUCGCGAGACCACCAUGGCUCUUUCCCUCCUCACAUAUGAACCCUGUAGUCGAUGACUCGGACCGGAAAGCGCCAGCGUCGUCAAUAACGGCAGAACAACGGACUAUGGCGAUCCUCAUUGCUAUCCUAGGCACUUUUGGAGCAAGCACUGCGUAUGCUACUAUUCGUGUGAUAGGUAAACGCGCACAUUCGCUAAUCUCGGUCAACUACUUUUCCUUCAUUGCAACGAUGGCCUCUUUUGUGCUCAUCUUGGUUCAUCCUUCGCUGCAUUUCGUUAUGCCCAAGACGCUCGGCCAAUGGGGAUUGAUCGCAAUCAUUGGACUCUUUGGAUUUCUGUUACAAUUCCUGCUGACGGAAGGUCUGCAGAGGGAAAAGGGUGGAAGAGCAACAAAUUUAACCUACCUACAACUUGUAUUUGCACUGGUAGUUGAAAAGUUAAUCUGGGGGACUACACCGCCGGUUGAGAGCUUGGUAGGGGCGGUGCUUAUUAUUGGAGCAGCAAUCGCGGUCAGUCUGCAGAAGGAGGGUGGAAAGGACAAAAAGGUUGAGGCUGGGAACGAUGAGGAGAGGAGGCUGUUGCGAGAAGACGAUUAA